AUCGCAGCAAUUUCCAAUCCAAGUUCAAACGACACCAUUGCCACGCUGCGCCAGGUGAGAUGAGCGCCGAGCUUGGCAACGAGGGUAGCGCAUUGAGGGUGGGGGCCCUCGAUCACUUCUCACGGUGAGGCGCGGGGGAGCAGACACCGCGAGACACAAGAGAUAGGAACCGUGAUCGGAACAUGGCAGGCAUUUCGAGCUAAGGGAUGAGGGGCAAGCGGGGAUGCUUUGAAACGUCGUGUCGAGAUUGCAUCCCUUUCCUCUUCGCCACCACUCACCUCGUCACAUUCCAACAUGGCUCCCAUUGCGACUGGCCAAUACUCUGAGGCGUCGUCCUCGUCAUCACCAUCACCCUCAGCCUCGCCAAAGAAGCGAUGCGUCGUAGUUGGCUUUGGCAUGGUGGGUGUCAGCUUCGUCGAGAAGCUGCUCAAGUACGAUCUUGAAGGGCAGCGCGAUCAAUGGGAGGUUACAGUUAUCGGCGAAGAGCCUCACAUCGCCUACAACCGAGUUGGACUCACCACCUAUUUUGAACAGCGCAAUGUCGAAGCACUCUACCUGAACCCUCUCGAAUGGUACUCAUCACACACGCCCGGCAAGCUUGCAUAUCACACCUCGGACCCCGUCGUCUCCAUCCUCUCUGACAAGAAGGAAGUCCUGACCGCCAAGGGCCUUACUAUACCGUACGACGUCUGCGUGCUCGCCACUGGCAGUGAUGCAGCGCUACCUCCCUACGUCACGAAAGACCGCUUCCACCGCACGCAAGGCGCAUUCGUCUACCGCAAUCUUGCCGACCUCGAUGCCAUGAUCAGCUACUCCGAGAAGAAGAAGAUCAAGAGAGCGGCUGUAGUCGGGGGUGGUCUUCUGGGUCUGGAAGCGGCACACGCGCUCUUGAACCUCGAGACCGUUGACCAAGCAGUCAUCGUCGAGCGCAACAACUGGUGUCUGUCCCGUCAGCUCGACGCAGAGGGCGGUACCCUCGUGCUCGAGAAGGUCAAGGCACUUGGUGUUGAGGUGCUCCUCCGAGCUCGCGUCAAAGAUCUCAUCACUACCGCCAAGGAAGACGGCAGCGACGUGCUCACGGGCAUUGCUCUUGAGAGUGGAGAGCCGUACGACCUCGACAUGAUCGUCUUUGCAGUCGGUAUCAAGCCGCGGGAUGAGCUUUCCAAAUCGACUGGCCUGGAGGUGUCGCCUCGAGGAGGCUUCACCGUCACAGAUCAUCUUCAAACCAAUCUCCCUGACGUCUACGCCAUCGGGGAGGCUGCAAGCUACAAGGGCGAGACGUAUGGUCUCAUCGCUCCCGGCGUCGAGAUGGCCGACGUCCUCGCCUUCAACCUUACGGAGGGCCCUCAUCACGCCCUGCGAUCCAUGACCCCGCCGGACCUGUCCACCAAGCUGAAGCUGAUGGGUGUCGACGUCGCCUCGUUUGGCGACUUCUUUGCGGAUCAGGGCAAAAUCACGCGACCACUUCCCAAGGAGAGAGGCACGAAGCGCGACGAGUCGACACCGCCCAAGGUCAAGGCCCUCACGUACCGAGACCCCUUUUCAGACCACUACAAGAAGUACAUCUUCACCGAGGACGGCAAGUACCUCCUCGGCGGCAUGAUGGUCGGCGACUGCAAAGACUACGUCAAGCUGGUCAGCAUUUGCAACAAGCAGAAGGCCCUCGAGAUCCCUCCAUCGCAGCUCAUCCUCGGCGCCAAGAAGGAAGGCGAGGAAGAGGGAGACGAUCUCGAUGAUGAUGCGCAAGUGUGCUCGUGCCAUAACACCAGCAAGGGCGACAUCGUCAAGAAGGUCAAGGACGGCUGCCGUGCCUUUGGCGAGAUUAAGAGCACGACGAAGUGUGGCACAGGCUGUGGUGGAUGCGUGCCCCUUGCUACUUCCAUCUUCAACAAGGCAAUGAAGGAUGCAGGAGCAGAGGUGUCCAACGCUCUCUGCCCUCACUUUAAGCAGUCUCGCCCUGACCUCUACACGAUUGUCAAGUUCAAGAAGCUCAAGACCUUCCGCGACGUCAUGGAGUCGGUGGGCAAGAAGCCGGACAGCCUAGGCUGCGAGGUGUGCCGACCGGCCGUCGGGUCUAUUCUCUCGCUGCUGUACAACGAGUGGAUCAUGGCGCCGCAACUCCGUCAGACGCAAGAUACCAACGAUCGUUUCAUGGCCAAUUUGCAGCGCGACGGGUCGUACUCGGUCGUGCCUCGCCUCGUAGCGGGAGAGGUGACGCCGUAUCAGCUCAAGGUGCUUGGAGAAGUCGCCGAAGAUUUCUCGCUCUACUCAAAGAUCACGGGAGGGCAGAGGAUCGACCUUUUCGGAGCGAAGAAGCAAGACCUUCCCGCUAUUUGGGAGAGGUUGGUCGCAGCAGGGUUCCAGACUGGCCAAGCAUACGGCAAGUCCCUCCGUACCGUCAAGAGCUGCGUCGGCUCAACGUGGUGCCGUUUCGGUGUGGGCGAUUCGGUAGGACUAGCCGUCGAGCUCGAGCAGCGCUACAAGGGCAUCCGCGCCCCGCAUAAGUUCAAAGGCGGUAUGUCGGGAUGCGUACGAGAGUGCGCCGAAGCUCAGAGCAAGGACUUCGGUGUCAUCGCAACGCCCAAGGGCUGGAAUGUCUACGUCGGCGGCAAUGGCGGUGCCAAGCCUCGACACGCGGACCUCCUCGCCGAAGACGUGCCCAAAGCCAUGGCCGUCAAGCUCAUCGACCGCUUCCUCAUCCUCUACGCGCGUUCGGCCGACAAGCUCAUGCGAACAGCACGCUGGAUCGAGGCCUACCCGGGCGGCAUCAAGGAGCUGCGCGAGGUCAUUGUCAAGGACAAGCUGGGCAUCUGUAAGGAGCUCGAGGACGAGAUGGAUGAGCUGGUUGGCACCUUCCAUUGCGAGUGGACGGAGACGGUCAAGAAUCCGGAGAGGCGCAAGGUCUUCCGCCAAUUCGUCAACACCGAGGAGACUCAAGAGGUGUCUGAGAAGAUCGUUCAGCGUUCUCAGCGUCGUCCUGCCGACUGGCCGGAGUCUGCUCCACCGCUCAAAUUCGACGUCAAUGACAUUGUGCAAACGGCGACGUGGGAAUGGCGCAAGGUGUGCAAGUACGCCGACCUCGACCCGUCGCAAGAUGCCACAUCGUCAGCCGUCGUCAAAUACGGCGACACGCAGAUUGCCAUCUUUUCAAUUCCUGGUCGAGGGCUCAGGGCAUCGCAGAACAUGUGCCCGCAUAGGCGCGCUUUCGUCCUUGCCGACGGUCUGAUUGGCGAGGACUCUCAGGGGCGGGACUACAUCUCUUGCCCGUUGCACAAGCGCAACUACACGCUUUCGCACAAAGUCGAAGAGGACGGUGGGCACUGUAAUGACCCAGACUACCAGAUUAUGACAUUCGAGGCCAAGGUGGAUGAGGAAGGGGACGUGGUACUGCGACUGCCCGACAGCGAUUCGCUCGACGCUGUUCUCUCGACGACAAAGUGGAUGUUGCGCAAGGCCAAGGAAGAGUCGGACAUUCUGGCUCAGGAUGCCAAGGGCUCAUCAAUCGAGAUCGAAGGGCCGAGCAAGGUGGUAGAGAAGGAGGCUCAAAACGCCCAGCGGGCGAGGCGUGGGCUGGCCGAGGUGAGCGAGAAGCAGCAGAAGGCAUCGUGCGGAGAGACUUCGUUGGAUUGGUAACAGGGCGUGUGAAAUGCGAUCAGACCCUUGGCUCCUCGUUGUACGUGGAUUUGUUACGUGGAUUCGUUAUCUCAUUGGAAUACAGAAGAGCGCGAACAACGCGAGCCAGUAGCCUAUCUAUGCAGGGGCGGCGGCGGCUGGCCGGCCGGCGUUUAAAUUGAGACGAGCAGCGCAGCG